UAGUGGUUUUCAGGUGUCCCAAAACAACUCCUUUUAUUUUUGUUUGUUUGUAUUUUAAAUUUUCCUCUAUCUAUUGAAAAUAAAAGGAUACAUUAAUUAUUAUAUAUACAUACAUAGUUUCCUUCUUCAUAGUUUCAUAGUUCCUCUCUCAUCAUCACCCCCAUAUAUAUAGUUUCUUUCUUGAUUUGUUAUUAUCUCAUCAUCAUAAUCAUCCGGAGAUGGAUCCACAUCAGCAUGAGAUGAAGGGAGAUGCAUCAGAAGAAGAAUGUUACAGCAGCAGUGAAUCUGGAUGGACCAUGUACAUAGGGUCCCCCAUGGAUGAUGACCAUGAUGAUGAUGAUGAUGAUGAUGAUGAUUCCAUGGCUUCUGAUGCUUCAUCUGCUCCAACUCAUUAUUAUCCACUUCAAGAAGCUCAAAAGGAACAACAACAACAUGAUCUCAAUGAUGAUGAUGAGAACAAACAUUGCUUAGUCAGCAAAGCAAAGAAGAAACCAGUAGAACAAGAAGAAGAAAAGAAGAAGAAAAGGGAGGAAGAGGAGAAUUAAGAAGGCCAAAUCUACUAAUGCUACCGUAGUUCAGGUGAGAAAAGGGAAAUAGAUUAUGCCUAAUUUCACCUUAAUUAUUAUCUUGGUUUAAUCUCCUAACUUGUUUUUUUUGUUAAUUGUUAAUUGUUAAUUAGUAUUUUUAUUACGACAAUAUAUAUACUUAGGUACGGUAUAUAUAUAAAACUUGUUAGUAUAUUUUUCUGUUAU